AUGCAGCUUCUCUUCAGAAUACCUCAACUGGAAUUAGUCAUGCUGUAUUUCACUUCAAUGGAGUUUUUGGAUAUUACUCUCCAAUUCAACAAGGAGAAUCUUAUGCAUAUAGAACUUCUGUUCAUCAUCUGUGGUACAUUCCGGGAAAUGAGAGAUUCAACGACUAGAUCAAUUAACAUCAGUUCUCUGUUAAAAGUUCUGGAGAAGCUAUCUCCCUAUCAGAUCCGCGGGAACCAGCAUGAUAUUUGUGAAAUGAUGUCAAAUAUAGCACAGUGGUUGAAAAUAGCCAUAGAAGCUUCAAUGGCAUACCAGAUGAACCAUGUGAACAAUCGCUGUGAAGAUGAGAAUCGUCAAGUUGAGAAUCGUGAAGUUGAGAAGUUUAGAGAGUUGUAUCUCGAUCAAAUGGAGAUAUUCAAUCGUAUUUUCACAUCCUUGAGCUACAAUGAUUCAUUAGGCCUAACAGUCGAUGCUCAAGUUGGAAACUUCCGUGACUCAGUGGAACGCUUUUUUGUGAAUGCGAAUCGGAUUCAGUGGAUGUAG